UGGGUGGGUAAGAUAGGACCCGAAUCACUUGGGUCCUCCCGGUUGCAUUUGCCUCUUGGCAACGGAGUAAAAUAGGCUUCUCUGCAGUCGCUGUUUUUCCACUUGGCCGGGGUGGUGGGCUGCCGCGGAGUCCCCUUGACUGAGAGGAAGCUAGAUCUGGGGCAGCUGCCUGGAGAAGCCUGCUCUGCACUGUCAGAGUUCGGGCUCCUGUGUAUUUUCGGGUGGAGACGUGUCUCGGUGGUCCCUCAGCUGGACCUCGCAGGCACCAGCUAGGCUGUCCUCGGGCCCGCAGCGGGAGCCCACUGCGCUGCGCAGGAAGGGGUUAAGGUGGCACGCUCAAGCCGGCCGACGGCUGCAGGCUCCGGUCAGCCGCGCGGAUUCCGGCGGGAGCGCGCCCGGCGGAAUCCCGGCUGGAACCCUGGGCGAUGGGAGAGGUCCCAGACCCCUCCCGGUACUGGGGCCAGCGGGAUUGGGUCGGCGGGGGGCCAGCCCGGAAGCCAGUUUCCUCUAGGCUCCCCCUCUCCGAGAAGCCAAUCCGCCUCGCAGCCUGGCAGCUUGAGCGUUUGUUCUGUGCUUCCCUGCCGAGAUGUGAGGGAUUUUCUCUUGGGAAGAAAUCAGUGGUCGAGUGCCUGCCCAGCUCAAAUGCCACCCAACCCAAAGCAAAGCCUGAGGCCUAGGGAUCCCGGAGGGAGAGCAACAUCACACCUCCUGAGGACAACCAGGAGAACUCUGGCUUUUGCUGAGCUGUGUGUCUUACCUCCUUCCUUCCAAAGGCUUCAGACCCAGGCUUUACUCUUCUCAAGUCCUGAAUGCCCCUGGCCAAGCAUCCAUCUGUCCCUCCAGCCCUAUCCAACCCUAGAGCACACCUCCGGGACCUGGAACCUGCCCUCCUGCUCAGGGUGACUCACCAUUAUUCCCAGCUCAAGUGAGAAGAUGUGACAGGGAGCUGAGCCGCGUAUCUGUGUAUCUAGGAUUCCUGUAGCAUCUGAUUUGCUCUUCAAGGAACCACAGGCGCCUGCCUGGCCAGCCAAACGAGGCUGUGUCUCCAGCUCUCAGAGGGCUCUGGGGCUCUCCUGCAGGAGCACAGCCUGAUGCUUCUGUGUUCCCUCGGGUCCAGUUACCAGCACCCUGAGCCCCCUGCUGCAAGCAGCCUGACAGACGGCAUAGAGUAAAGCACUCUCCUCAGCCCCAACUAUGACAGUGGCUACCGGAGACCCGGUGGAUGAGGCUGCUGCCCUCCCUGGGCACCCGCAGGACACCUAUGACCCAGAGGCAGACCACGAGUGCUGUGAGAGGGUGGUGAUCAACAUCUCAGGCCUGAGGUUUGAGACUCAGCUAAAGACCUUAGCCCAGUUUCCAGAGACCCUCUUAGGGGACCCCAAGAAGCGGAUGAGGUACUUCGACCCCCUCCGAAAUGAAUACUUUUUUGAUCGCAACCGCCCUAGCUUUGAUGCCAUCUUGUACUACUACCAGUCUGGGGGCAGGUUGAGGCGACCUGUGAAUGUGCCCUUAGAUAUCUUCUCUGAAGAAAUCCGGUUUUAUGAGCUAGGAGAAGAAGCGAUGGAGAUGUUUCGGGAGGAUGAAGGCUACAUCAAGGAAGAAGAACGUCCUCUGCCCGAAAAUGAGUUUCAGAGACAGGUGUGGCUUCUCUUUGAAUAUCCUGAGAGUUCGGGGCCUGCCAGGAUUAUAGCCAUCGUAUCCGUCAUGGUCAUUCUGAUCUCCAUUGUCAGCUUCUGUCUGGAAACCUUGCCCAUCUUCCGGGAUGAGAAUGAGGACAUGCAUGGUGGUGGGGUGACCUUCCACACCUACUCCAACAGCACCAUCGGGUACCAGCAGUCCACCUCCUUCACCGACCCUUUCUUCAUCGUAGAGACUCUCUGCAUCAUCUGGUUCUCCUUUGAGUUUCUGGUGAGAUUCUUUGCCUGCCCCAGCAAAGCUGGCUUCUUCACCAACAUCAUGAACAUCAUUGACAUUGUGGCUAUAAUACCUUACUUUAUCACCCUGGGGACAGAGUUAGCUGAGAAGCCGGAGGACGCCCAGCAAGGCCAGCAGGCCAUGUCACUGGCCAUUCUCCGUGUCAUCCGGUUGGUAAGAGUCUUUAGGAUUUUCAAGUUGUCCAGACACUCCAAAGGUCUGCAGAUUCUAGGUCAAACCCUCAAAGCCAGCAUGAGGGAACUGGGCCUUCUGAUAUUCUUCCUCUUCAUUGGGGUCAUCCUCUUCUCUAGUGCUGUUUACUUUGCAGAAGCUGAUGAGCGAGAGUCCCAAUUUCCCAGCAUCCCAGAUGCUUUCUGGUGGGCAGUCGUCUCCAUGACAACUGUAGGCUAUGGAGACAUGGUUCCAACUACCAUUGGGGGAAAGAUAGUGGGUUCUCUGUGUGCAAUUGCAGGUGUGUUAACCAUUGCCUUACCAGUCCCUGUCAUAGUGUCUAACUUCAACUACUUCUACCACCGGGAGACAGAGGGAGAGGAGCAGGCCCAGUACUUGCAAGUGACAAGCUGUCCAAAGAUCCCGUCCUCCCCUGACCUAAAGAAAAGUAGAAGUGCCUCUACCAUAAGUAAGUCAGAUUACAUGGAGAUACAGGAGGGCGUGAACAACAGUAAUGAGGACUUUAGAGAGGAGAACUUAAAAACAGCCAACUGCACAUUGGCUAACACAAACUAUGUGAAUAUUACCAAAAUGUUAACUGAUGUCUGAUGAAGCCUAUUAAUGUACUCACAGCUCCACAGGACUAAUGCAGAUGUUGCAUAAUAGCCUGCAUUGUAGUCAGUGUCCUACAGUGUGCAUCUGGUUCUGCAUGGAAAGCAAUAGUCGUGCAAGUGACUUUUGACCUUUUGAUUUUUGAUUUAGAACACAGAAUAUUUAUCAAUGGCUUUUAUGAAAUCUUCAUCACUGACGUACAGGUUUCCAAAGAUGGGAGUCACCUAUGGAGCCAGCAUCUCAUUGGCACAGUGCCGCCACCUCAUAGCCCACACACAAUCCAUCAGAUCAACGCCAAUCCUAACACCCUAACUAAAGGCAAACACACCUGGCAGGUGCCUUCUCCCUGCCACACCCUACCACCCCACUUCAGCCCACCCACCCCUGCACAGAGGAGCGCUACCAUGGCUUAGUUUGAAAGUUCUGCUGACUACUCCAAAGGUCAUUCCCAUUUUUGCCUUGAAAAGAACACACAGUCCUGUGUGUUGGAAUUUCUUUCUGUGUCACAGGCUGGGGUUUGUAGGUUGCAGUUGCCAACUCGAUGCUCCGGAGGCUUAUGUUUUAUAAUGGAGAUGCAGCAUUCUGCUUUUUCUCUGCAGUGUUGGUGUGGGGGAAGCCCAGGGGGUGGGGGAGGGACCGUUAAUAUGACCAAAUAUGAGUUGUCAAGUUUUAUAUUUGUUCCCUUAGGCCUAUGGGGAGAAGCUUCCGAAUUCAGGGACUUCUCAGCUUCAGAUCCGGUUUUCGCAAGCUUCAGGGUCACAGAACAUGUUCGAUUUCUUCUCUUACUCUGGAGUUUGCAGGCAUCUGCUUUCCCGAUGGUGUGGCCCUGCUCCACUACAGUGCAGUGGAGUGUACCAGUCAUGCAAUAGAGCUGCAUGGGUGUUCACUGCAUGAAUCUCAAUAUUUAAAAUACAGAAGAUAACCUAUCUUCCUAGUAGCCUAUACAGUAUUCAUACGUAGAGUAUUAAUAGCCUUGGGAUGGUAUUGAACUAGGCUUUUUUUUCCCCAUCAGAAGGCAAAAGCCCUCCAUCAGGGAAAAGCAAACAGACUAUUUGGAAUGGGGAACCAAAACUUCUGGCUGGCCCCCCAGCCCACCCAUCUCUGUUCUUUCAAUGGGAGCAAAGACUCUGCCAUACCAGGAGAAUGAACAGAAAAGUCAGAGUCUAAACACUCACAUGACUGAACAGUAGGAAUUAAUCCAGUCGUGGGUAUGGCUACAAAGCUUACCAGGACACUGAUCCUGAGGACAGGCAGAUCUGUGGGUUCAAUGUACAUAAAUAUAUAUCAGCUAUCUAUCUUUCUCUCUCAUGUGUUCCUCUAGUAAGCUAUAGAACAAUUGCAUUUGAACAUUGUAUAAGCUUAUGCAAUAUUUUGACACAGGGCAAUUUAUGCAUGUGUUUGACUAUGUGCACUAGAAUAUAUAUAUAUAUACAUACACAAGUGUGUGUAUAUGUACAUUAUACACACACAUACACACACACACACACAUAUAUAUAUAUAUUCAUUCUCUGGAGUGCAGAUUCAGGAGCAAAUCCAUUGCUUGGUGGGUUGGUUGUAUAAGAAGCCCAAUGGGUAUGUUAAAACCCACUGAACCUGGGUUUGCUGUCAUUGCCUCAGACACACUCCAGUGUUCAUGGAUUCCUAGACAUUAGAAUUGUCUUUCUGCCCUCCAUGUGCUGCAGCUUCAGUUUCCCAUGGCUGAAGCUUGUCUUACUGAGUGCAGUGCACAAGGGUCCUAUAGCCCUCACAGCUCCAGCUAUCCUGGGUCAGGCCCACCCCAGGCCUCUUCUCUACAAUUCAUCCCAUUAAUCAUUUCCAUUAUUAUCCUCUCCCCCAUUUGAUUCUCUCUCAUUUGCCUCUGCAUCCAUCACUUUCAUGAACCUGUCCCUAGGAUGGAUCCUCUGCUUUGAAACCAAGGAGUAAAACUCCUUGGGACCAGAUUCUGCUGAGCUAGACUUAAAGGAAGCCUCUUAUUGGUGGAAAUUUCCAAAUUCUGGAACCAAGGGAUGGAUUCUCUACACAGCCCAAAGCAUCAUUUUCAGUACUAAACUCAAAGUCUCUUCCUAGGACACUGGUAAUAAGAGUUUCCCUUUAAAAAAUGAGAAUUGUCCCGCCUCAAAGAGAUGUGCUAGACUUUGUUGACUCCCCAUGGGAAGCCUUACCCUCUCUGAGGGGUGGAUGGGGGUGAAGGGGGAAGGUGAAGGGAGAAGGAGGAAGGGAGAAAGUAGGAGCUGAGAUUGGUAUGUAAAAUUUCAAUUAAAUAAUAAUAAUAAUAAUAAUAAUAAUAAAUGAAUUACCCCCACCCCAAGAACAGGUAAAGAAUAAAUGAACACCGUAGAGCCUCAAUGUAGAGAAUGUAUUGGCCUUAGGAAGUGGGGGACAGCUUGUGCCUCUCCAUGCUUGGUUUCUUUGUCUUUUGACACGGUGGCUUAAAUUCCCCAAACACAAUGAAUCACAAUCAGACUGUUCAGUAUUGAUUCCAGCCCAGGCAUCACUGUUCACUAGUUGGUACCAACAAUUAUCUUAGGGGAGGGGGGGCACCAGCCCAGGGUGCUAGUCCAGGGUGCUCUUUAGUUCCUGGUCACCCACAUCCUCAGAGUAUCCCAUGCCAGACACAAAGCCUCUGUGCUUCUCUUCUUCUCCUUAGUGGGAGGUGGUGCUGAACUUCAUAAUGUGGGGUGGGAGGGACAUACUGGAGGGUAGAAAGUUAAAGCAACCCAUACAGAAGUCUAGGUAGGAGGAAGCUACCUAUUCAUAAAAUCCUUGGCCUGGGAACAUAAAAUGUGCACACACAUGUAUCAUAAAAUAAACAAUAUGUCAUUGUCACACAAAAAUAUAAAAUAUGCAACAUAUACGCAAAAUAACCAUAGGCCAAAAUAAUAUAAACAGUUACAAAUAAGAGAUAUACAAAACACACAUGUCGCCCAAACUAGAAUGUGCAUACCAACACAGAAUUUCUGCAAGAGAUAUAUUUAGCCUGUGUGCAAAUACACAGCAUACAAUUCAUAUGCAAAAUAUACAAAUCCAACUGGGGGACAAUGAAUAUACAUCAAAAUGCAUAAAUGAUGCUUUAUCGUUGUUUCUGCAUACGAGCUCAGCAUGUAUACACAGUGUACAGAGUUAUACUAGAUACACACAAAAAGCAGUGCCCAUGCCCAACAAUACACACAAAAUUUAGACAUUGAAUCACUAAUCAUGCGUACACUUCCACAUCUAAAAUUUGAUGGACAAAGGCAAGGGAUCAGAUUUAAUUGCUUUUCCUUGCCUAUAUCAAUAACCCUCAACAUUCUCCAAGGAGCCUCUUCUUUGACAUCCAGGCUCAUUCCUGAGACAGGACUCCUGAGGUUUCAAGCAGAAAGAUGGGCCGCUACAUCAAGCACUGAAAUCUCCUGGGUUUGCUACUGUUCACCUUCUUUCAAACAGCACUCAGAGUGCAGGGAAAGUGAAAUGACCUGCAAGAACUAGCAACCUAAUAUGGGCUUCCAUGAUGUACCUUUUCUUUCAGAGAAAAUCCACACAGAUGACUCAGUCUCCCCUCCAAGUAUCCACAAUCUCCAGGUUUAUCCCUAUUCUCUUGAAGCAGUGAUGGCUCAAGAAACUAUAGGGUUCUGGACCCUAAGCCAGGUUGAAAUACCCCAACAUUCUUUGAGCCAAAAGAUCUUAUUACCCAGCCUUCCAAAGUACCUCUUUGUCUGGAGCCACAUCAGAAACUUGAUUCUCUAUAUGGACUUAGCUCCUAAAAUGAGACACCUUUUCUUGCUCGUGGCAUUUCACUCACCCUUGGGCACGAAUCCAAUAAGUCAACUCUUGAUCACCAUCUCUGAGUGUUCAGUCUAGGCAUGCUGCCCCACCAGGGCUCCCAGGGAAGCCUGACCUCCCAUUCAAUUGUGGUGCCUUGACAAAACUGCAGACCAAUUUAGCUGAAGUAAAAUGUGAUGAAGGACGCUAACCUAUGUCUAAAAGAGCGUUAACAAUCUUUAGAGGACCUGAUUUUUAUCCUCUAUUCUAACACUAGAUUUAAACACUUUGUAAGAUUACCCACCAUCAUAGAGCCCCAGGGGCUGCUUCUUCCUGCUCGUAGGACCAGAUAGGGCCUGAGUGCCUUUUGGCAAAGGUGUUAUGUAGCCUUGGAUCAAGUUUCGUGGCUCUAUUUCUAUGGUUCCAGGUUUCUGAGCACUCCCUUCAAGGUUCCAGAGAGGAGACAACAAGAACUGAGAAUGGUCAUGUGAUCCAAAACUUGUGCACUGGGACUUGUGUUUCUAAAGCGAGAUACCAGUUUCCACCCUAACUUUGUGAGAUACUCUGUGGCCUUGGACACAUUUUAAAAGUUGGGGUUUCUGGGAGGUUGGGAAGGAAGGUUGGGAAGGAAGGAGUCGAGGAAAGGCAGAGAAAUUGUCAGGAAAGAGAAAAUAACUGAGCACUUGACUUUCUCAAGUAAGUUUAUCAAGAACCAAGUUUUCAUUGGUUAAAUAAAUUUAAUUCAGGAACCCAAAUUUAAUUUAGUUAAGGCUCUGUGCCUUUCUGGAACUUCAGUGGUGUAUGAAUGUCAAGUCUUGGUGAGAAAAGCUGGCUCUUCUAAGGAUCCUCUGCUAACCUAGGAAGGAGGAGGACCCCAGAGCUCUCCUGUGUACCCCUCUUCCCCUGCCGUAACAAUCUGAGUGUGGCGGAUAGGAUGGCUACCUGGCCUGAAAGGGGUCUGGUGUAUAGGCUACUAUUUCUGGUUACACAAUAGAAGUCCCUUUUGCCUUGAUAAAGUUUCCAUUGUUCAGGUUCAAAUUCAUGACUUUAGUUCACCAACAUCACUAGCCACUCGAGUCAACCAUCAGGAGAUAUAUGCUGGAAGCUGUCUUCAUAGUCAUUGUGACUGUCAUCUGUACCCUCAGACUUGGCCCUUGUUGAGACCCCCAACCUCCAUGGAGCAGAAAGCAGGGAAGGACAGGAGGAGUAAGGAAAUCCCUUACAAGCACCUCAACUAACGUAGUCCACUUUGCCUCUCUUUCUGUCCCCCUUCCCGCUGGAACUCAGCUCCAUCCCUCAUAGUUUGUGUCUAAUGUUUUUAAAGAGGAAAUGUACAAUAAAAGCAAUAGUGACUGUUUUCUUUAGCAAUAGCUCUUUCAAAAUCUUGCUCUCAGGACUGAAAAGUGAUAGAUAGUAAAUAGACCACCAGGUAAUGCCCUUGACCUCUGGACAUUUGUUCCCAGUUUCUGUAGUUCAUCCCACUUGAUCCCAUGAAUGAUUCCUGUCUGCUAAGGUCUGACCUCCUUCCGGAAUGAACAAAUACACAGAGAUGCAGUGUUCCCCCAAGGAAGGCCUGUGAGAAGGUCUUCUUUUGUCGUCUUUCGGGCUCUUUUUUGUGCGCAUCUCUCUCGGUAUGUGUCUCUGUGCCCCUCUUCCACUGCCUCUCCUUCCUACCUGUUCUUUCACAGCACCCUAGAGACAUCUAGGCACUGAAACCCUUGCAUUUGAGUGACCUCAUGCCAGCCCAUCUUGUUGACUUUGUGUUCGUCUGUCAGGUAUAAUGGAAGCCUAUAGGAGAGCGCUUACUGAUAGAUGAGAAUAAAGCAUCCUGAGCCAUUAUAGAAGAUCCUUUCCAUGCAGUAAAAACCAUUACUUGAUUCUUUUGCAGCCCUCUCCAGGGAGAUGAAUAUGAGAGAAUGUAGCCCUGAGGUGUACGCCUGGGAUCAGUUACUUGGGCAGAUUUGGGGAUUGACCUUUGACUCUCCUUCACAAUAGACUGACUUGCUCGACCAUAUAGACUUUAAUCAGCACUUCAGAACAAAAUAAGUCUUAUGGCUUUGAAGAGAGGUGGACGGGCACAGAGGUGCGGGUGGUCAGGGAGUAGCAUUCAUGAAAUAAACCCCACUUGCCACUACAGGGUGCAACUGUGCAAAUAUUUCACACAUCACCCAGGGUUUUGAAAGGGAUCCCUUUCUUGAAACAUCUGUGAGGUGAGCUAUUACCAUUCAGGCUGGAAUCAGGGAAGGCCGGCGACCCCGGGAGCCCAUUCCAUUCCUUCUCAGUUUACUUUGCUCCACACAUUCUUGUAUAGCCUAACCUUGGGAAAUCUCAGGGAGGAGAGUGUCCUGAAUGCUUUGCAAUCUGGUUAUUGGAGGGGAGAUGGGAAAAUGUGUGGUUCAGCUUCUGUGAUUGGAAAGUGGUAUUUCUGAAAUAGGUUAGGAUAAAAACUCUUGCCUUAGUUAAGUAGAGUGUUUUGAGAAGACAGAAGACCUUGCAUGGCUCAGCGUCAACCUUCUAAACCUCAGUGCUUGGUGUAUGGAAGCGGAGAUGAAGCAGACCAAAGAGACAGGCUAAAUAAUGCUGGCUGAAAAAUAGAUGUGGGCACAUCAUAGCUUAUCAGAGGAUGCUCUGUUUGCCUCUUCCUACUCAAAGUAUAGAAAGACAACAUAAUUCCUGUCAAUAAGGAUUUUAGUUAAUUGGUCCUGAGUUAUUUGAGGUUUCCUAUAUAUACCUGUGUGUAUAUAUGUAUAGUGUAUGUAUAUAUGUAUGCCAUUAUUUCAGAAAAUCACACAAAUAGGUGUUGACCAAUCUCAGUUUCACUAGUGUGGAAUAAAUUUGGCAUUCUAAGGAAUAAGCUGCGUUUACUUGAAUUUCAACGUGACCUUUUUCGCAUUCUUUCCACCUCUCCAGCUCUGUGCUUUUUCUGCUUAAGAAACUAUCUAGAAGGCAUUUCUUCAAACAAAAGGACAGGCUCAGGGUUGCCUCUUUCCCUUCCCUGCCAGGAGGCUGCCUGACGCAAGGAUCAAAGGGAAGUGUGAUCCCAGGACCAGGUGCUUUCUUUUCCUUUAUUCUGCCUGCCUUGUUUGGCUGUAACCUCAUCCCUCGAGACCAGAAAAGUUAUGCCCAACUUUGUAGCUCUAGGGCAGUGGAAUAUUCUGAGACUUGGCACAGGGCUGGUCUCUAGUUUUCUCUCGGUCGGUGUUAGAGUCCUAGGCUUGAAUUUCUUGAGUUCUGACACAACCUCAGUGAAGAAUGAAAAAUGUGGACAUUGUGGUCAUUGGUGAAAUGAACCCAGUAGGCAGUUGAGUCCGCGUAGUGUAAACAGAGGGCCAGGCCUAGAGCAAUUAAGACCCACUUGUCUUCUUGGGGGAUGAGUUGUAUACACUAUUCAAGAAACUUCUGGGUAGAAGCCUAAACAUGCCCUCCUUGCUAUCCUGUCUGGCAAUGUUAAAACUCCCAGGGAAACACUUUUCUCAGCCUCAUCUCUGCAUUAAACUGUGUGCACUUUACUUGGAAGUGGGUGGGAGGGAUUCCUCGCUAGUAUCUGAAGGUGAUACAGGGGUGGCUGUCAUCUGCCCGCCUUCCCAGAAGCUCAGAAAUCUGGUCAAGUUAGCCACCAUCCAGGAGUGGAAGCCUUUAGCCUUGACUUAGCAUGACCAGCUGGUGAAUGCCGCCGUUGGCCUGUCUAAAUGGUCCCCUCUCAUCCGGCGUGAGCCUCGGCAUGGAAACUCAUCUAACUUCCUGUGCUCUUCUACACUCCUAAAAUAGUCGGACAUGCUCCAGAUGAGUGUGCAGCUGAGAAGUCCUUGCAUCAUUCGACUGACGGAUGCAUAGUGCAGGUGUGAUUACAUAAUACUGUGAACAGCUGCUGCAGUAGCUCCGUAAUGAAGGGGAGUAGAGAAACGGCUGGGUGAUGGGACCUUAGGUAGCUACCCAGAGGACUCCACGCUGUGUCUCUGGGUCCUUGUGAGAGUCCUCUAAGCCCUGCUUCUCCUUGAAAACGGCUCCCUAGACACUGCUGCCUUGUUUGUCUGACUGCGUAAACACUCGGAACUGCAGAGAAAGCAAAGGAGGAGCUUAGGGAAGAGCCUGUUCAGGGGCAUGCUUUGCUGGCAGACAGUUUCCAUAUUUGCUGCUAGCGUGACUGGCUUCUGAACUUACGAAGCCAAGGGCAGACUCUUUGGCCUGCCAGGUGAGGCUAGAAAGGAGCACACGAGUUCACAGCUGUUCGCUGGACUAGAGAAGCGAGAAGUGAGGCCCGGGUGGCUUUGGCAAGGGUGAGUCUCAGCUCCUGAGAGUUUGAACAUGCUCGGUGCCUGCCCCAGUUCUGCCUUCACGUGGGAGCCAGCGACCCAGUUUCUUUUUGUUGUCGUGCUUGGAUGGUUCCUUCAUUUGAAGGGCUCCAGGAAGCUGGAAAGUCCCAAGAUUGAGCUCCAGCCCUGCUGAGCAAACAGUGCCCCAGCCAAAUUGGCCUCUUCCUGGGUUUCUGCAUCCAUGAACCCCUCUCUCCCACUGAGGGUGAUCUUGGAACAGCCAGGGUUAAUGGUGCCAGCAAGCAAGGAGGAUUCUCUUGUUUCCAUUACAGACGGAGCUGUAAAGCUCUUAAGUGGGGGGUUGUUGCGUGCUUAUGGGCUUAUUAUAUAGGCUGUCUCUGGAGAACAUAUCUAUAUAUAAUAUAUUAUAUAUAUUAUAUACGUGUGUGUAUAAAUAUCUGUGUGUAUAUUUAUACACACAACGUGGAAAUAGGCUCAUGCAGCACAGAUUAGUUAGGGUGUCCACUGGCUUCUUUGCUGCUCAUGCAUGACUCUGCAGCUGCCCUCCCGUGUCCUGUCUCUUAAAAAAAAAAAAAUCACUGAAAACUCAAAGAGGAGAGGAAGAUAAAUAAGCCUCUCUGGGAUCAAUAGGAAAAGGAACUCCAAGGCUGAUGGCAAAGCUUCCUAAGGAUGAUGCUGAAAGGGAACUUGGGUCUCCAUGGUGAUAAGAGACCAAGAACCAAUGAGAGCUGAAGGCGGAGCAGGACUUGUGAGGAGGACUCAUGGGAGUUGGAAGUCAUUUAACUAUUUGUUUGCUUCAUGAAAAUUUAGACACCAGCUGUAACUGCAUUGCACAGGAUGUAGAGAUGUUAGCUUUCCUGCUGACAUGGUCUGGAAGCUUUCAGCCCCACCAACACUGCCCCCACCCAGGACUUGUGCAGCUGAGAGUUCCUGUGUCAGUAGGGUCUGAUGUGUGUACAUAGAUUAUACAUAUAUGUGUACAUAUGUGCCUCAAUGAACAUUGCCUGUUCACCUUAUCGUGGGUGUACAUAGACUUCAUAGAGCUCCACAGUCUUUUGUAAAUAUUGACACAAGUAAAUAAGUACAUAAAUAUAUAUUACUGAGGAUUUAUUUUAACAUCAUUCUGUGUGAAAUGACAAAAAUAAAAUUUUUGACAGACA